AAUGUACACCCUCCAAUCAGUGAGGAGAGGGAGUUCCCUAAGUGGAUUCCGUUUUGGAACGGUGGGUGGUCUCGCGUUCUGUCGCCCCUCGGGAGUUUUCCUGGGGAGUCGCGGGGCGCCAUGUGGCGAGGAAGCCUCUGUCUGCGGGUGUUGCAGGCUCUGAAGUCUCGGGGAAGCGUUACAGCGGCUGGAAGCUGCAAAGGUGCUCAAGGAAGGAUUGACGCCAUGACCCGAGAGGCCGCAGCAGCUUCCACCUUCCCCUCGUGGGCGUCCCUGGUAGGAUUACGAACGUUUAGCACUGUGGGGAAUUCCGAGCUGCGCGACAGAGAAGGCGGCGCCGGAGCGGAGCUGCAAAACUUGCAAGAAGCGGAUAGAGAUGGGCAGGAAUGGAGCACCAGUCCAGAUCCUGUUCCUUCAGUAUUCAGCAUUGAUGAUGUGGUAUCACUUGUGAGACAAGAAAAUGCCAAAGAUAUUUGUGUUAUCAAAUUGCCUCCAGAAAUAAAAUACAGCAAUUAUUUUAUAAUUGCCAGUGGAUCUUCUGCAAGACAUCUCCAUGCCAUGGCACAAUACCUGGUAAAAAUGGUAUGGCAUUUUUUUAAAAAAAAUUUAGAUAUGGAAGAAUUUUUACAAGCUACAGUUGGGUGGCCAGUUAAGAGAUGGAGAGGGGUAGAUACUGUAAUAUGAGUGCUGACUGAAUCAAAGCAGACAGGAUUUUUAAGCUGCAAUUAAAGAAAGAUUAGCUUUGACUGCCUGGGAACUAGAGACUGUUAUGUGAAUGUUUAUAAAUAUUAACCAUAAUGCAGAAAGAAGGAUUUUUUCCAGAAGAUGCAACAGAUGUUUCAGAUUUACAGAAACUGUUCUGAUUUUUUACUAAGUUCCUACAAUAGCAAGGUCUUUUUCAUGGAAUAAACCAAUAUGUACUCUGUCUCAUAAUUUAAGAUAUCUCCCUUAUCCGCUUGCUUUUGGUUUGUUAAUAUACCUGUACAUUACUGUGUGAUGGUGAUUCUCCUUUGCUGAAUUUUGAAAGAACUUUCAUAUUUAUUGGUAACAAAAUUCACCCACAUAGCUAAUGUCAAGAUCAGUAAGGCUUAGGAAACCCAGAAACACAGUGAUAAUUAUGGUCAACUCCAUAUGUUGAAAAUGCCGGUGCAUGGAGAUAAUUAUU